ACAGAUUCAAACUGAUAAGGGAUUGACAGGCGGAGAAGGAUCAUCUCAGUGGAGGAAAGAGGAAUCGCCCUUUGACAAGAAUUGGGGGAAUUAUUCAGUGAGUGGCCCGGAUACAAGGAAUGGAGAGAGGCAAGAUUUCCUCAAAAGGAGGUUCUGCGCAAAUUUGCACAAAAAGAGGAGAGUUGGAACAGUGAAGCUACUUUGGCAGGGGAAAGAAAGACUUUUCCCCUAUCUGCUCAUCUCAAAACUCUUGGGAAAGAAGGGCAGAGACACACUGGAGUCCCCUGCAGCACAGACUGACCUUGCCAUGUCCACCAGCAGUUACAGUUUUGCAGACCGGUGUGUGUCUGUCUUGUGCUGCAAGUUCUGUCAACAAGUUCUCAGCUCCCGAGGCAUGAAAGCUGUGCUCCUGGCUGGUACAGAGACAGAUCUCUAUUCCACAGACAUUCCUCCCACCAGUACUGUUGACUUCAUUGGAAGCUGCUAUUUUACAGAAAACUGCAAGUGUAAACUAAAGAAUGUUGCCUGUUUGAAAUGUGGGAAUGUGGUAGGUUACCACGUGAUUGCUCCAUGCAAACCUUGCUUGCUCUCCAGCAACAAUGGACACUUCUGGAUGUUUCACAGCCAAGCGGUUUUUGGAAUCAACAGGCUGGAUUCCUCUGGUACACACUUCUUGCUUUGGGGAAACUUGCCAGAUUUAGAUGAAAGUUCAGAUGAGGACGUGUCCAGCAUCUCUGAAGAGGAAUGGAUCAGAUAAAUCUUAUCAACACUGUGUCUCUCACAUUCCUAAGAUGUGCAAAUCCCAACAGGGCUGGGCAAAAAAAGAGAAAGAAAUCGCUUCAGAAGAGCAAUUCCUGUUGACUUUAGAUUGUCUGAUCUAGUAAACAUCCUGAUUUAAAAAAACGUGCCUAAUAUGUGAAGGUUAAAAUUCCCUUUCUGUUUUUUGAAGAGACACUUGCCCUCAGUAUGUAUAGAUGGCUUCUGCAAUCGCUUGCUGUUGCUUCUUAAAGGAUAGCACACAACAAGAUCAAGGAGAGAAUCCCCACAUCACCAUCACACAGUUACACUAAGACGGCAUAGCAGUAGAGAGGAAAACUCUGUGGUGUUUGGCGCAUGGUGUGUUAUCUCUUGGCCUGCCUGACCUCAUUUUUUCUGAACAGCUGGCUGGGCCAGGGGCUACGCAGCAUGGCCUCACUUUAGGGGCCACAGUUAAUGCGGCUACAUUGUAAGCCACCAGUGAAUACUGACUGUGCCAUUGGCAGCCUUCCAGAAUUCUGUGUUUGGAUGACAUGAGAGAGAAGGGAAUUUGGGACUUUCUUAAAUCUAGGUCUUUCUGCAUCUGAUGUACAAGAGCAGCACACUUCUGAGUUUUGCUAAAGGCCUAGCUUUCGAAGAAACCUACAAAAAAGCUUCUCUCUGCCAGCAUAUGUGUAGCCAACAAGGGUGAGGGCAUAGCCUGGGAAAUGGCAUGCUUCCCUGCUCCUAAUGGAAAGAGAAGGUGUAAAGGAAGCAUAGCAAAAGAAUCUGAAAUGUCAUCUGUUUCUAGAUUUAUAGCUGCCCAAGAUCAUGAAACAAAAAGGCGAAAAUAAUAGUAUCCAGGGAGUGGCAUUGUUAACUAUGUUUGCUGAUCUUUUCCAUUUUAUGAGAAGAGACUAGCAGCAGGCAUGACACCGGAGGAGAAUGUAACAAAUGCAAAGCCAGAUUCAAUAAAAAUUUCCUUCUGGCUCCCUGCUGCUGGCACAAGAAUAUUCCCUACAUAGCUGGUGGCACAGUGCCUUUUGGAAAGAAGUCAGUCAGGCAUUACUUGAAUUGAAUCCUGUCUCUGGUGUACUAAAAUCAAAAGCAGCAGUUAGGUAGCUUGCAAGUUGAAUAGUUUACUUUUCCCAAAUUGAUGAAGUGUCAUCUGGAGUGUAAUUUUUUAAACAGAAGUAAUGUGCUCCUUGAAAAUAUAUAUAUAUAUAUAUAUAUAUAUAUAUAUAUAUAUAUAUAUAUAUCUGCAAGAAUAUUUAAGUGCUUUUGACACUUUCAAUGCUCCAGUUUAUGAGGUACUUUACAGGCCUGGUAAAGAUCCCAUUCCUCUGCUAUAGUGAAUUUGCAGUUGCUAGAAAGUACUUGUAUGCCCACCUCAACUUUGAAUCAAUUAAAUUGAAUGAGCCAUAAGUCUGUUUGUUUAGCUUCUUUAAUGGAAUAUGUUCUUGAUAUUGUAUCUUGGUUUGCAAGGUAUCUAGAGAAAGGUAAAGGUAAAGAUUUUCCCCUGACAAGUCUAGUUGUGUCCGACUCUGGGAGUUGGUGCUCAUCUCCAUUUCUAGGCCGAAGAGCCAGCAUUGUCAGUAGACACCUCCAAGGUCAUGUGGCCAGCAUGACUGCAUGGAGCGCUGUUACCUUCCCGCUAGAGCGGUUGUGCUCACUGUGGCACAGAAAGGGAUUGGAUGGAAGUACCAUUUAAUGAGAGUGCAAGGUGGGUGGUGUGAUUGAUAGGAAAGCAAGAAAGCGUAUUGAUUAUGCAUGCCAUGAAGAAAAAUAAAUCAACAGCCAUUUAUUUUGUAUGCCCAAAAAUCAUCCGAUGCCAGCUAUGACUCAUGAAAGUGGCGAGGACUGUAUGGCUGUCAAUACUCAUUAGGCUGGGAUAAUAAGGGGUUCAUGUGGUGCAAACGGGAUGAACAAGGGCAAGAAGAAUGCUAUACAGCCAGGCCUUUAUAUCAAUGGAUUCUAUCAACCAUAGCUCAAAAAUUCAAAAAAAAAUUCAAAAAGCAAACCUUGAUUUUGUCAUGUGACAAUAUAUAUAUAUUAAUAUAUAUAUAGCCAUACCUUGCUAUAGCCCCACACUGUUUGACAGAUCCUUGGGCUUUCUCUGGUACUUAUUUGACAUUUUGUAUAAGGGACUCCAUUUAGCCUGCCAUUUAUAUAAUAGUACUGCAGCAUUCAUGGAUUUUGGAAUCCACAGGGGUUCUAGUAGCAGACCCUGGUGGGAACCAAGGGCCCACUGCAUUCUCAAGUUGAUGAUGGGUGAGAUAGAAGUAUAUCAUAGUCCUUAAAGAAGAGGUUUGGAUUUAUUUUGUUAUAUAUAUUUUAGGUCAACCAAGAGCACACAGUAUUCAAACAAUUGCAUGCUUUAGUUUGUUCUGUUACAUGCACAUAGAACCAUCUGUUACAGAGCAGAACAAUGUGCUAGUUAAGCACAGAGAUUAAAAGUCCUGAAUGACUUGUAGCUUCCCAAGGGCAUUAAGAUUAUGAGCACCUGUUACUCUGUUUGAAGUAAAAAUUCAACAUCUUCUGGAAAUAAAUCCAAAUCAAGCAUGGAAAUACUAUGUGAGUGUUGAUGUGAUCAAGCUUUAGAACAAUGUAUUAUAUUUGUUGCAUAUGGAUUAGGUUCAGAUUGGUUUGGGCUAUCCAUGGAGUUUCAGCUGACACCUAUACUGCAAAUGAUUAAGUGCUCAUUCAAAGACUUUUUUAUUGUUUGGCAGUGUAUUUUAAUUGGUUGGUUUGGUUUGUGUUAUUGGUUUUUUUUGCUGCUUGUCUUUGUUUUGCACAUAUCUGUUAGAGUUGCAUUGCUUUAAAUACAUUGAAUUGUUGUACUAUAUUUGCACACUGCCCUGAAAUGAAGUAUAGUUCUAAAGUGUUUGGAUUAAUAAACAAGCUAAUAAUU